UCAUAUCAGGAGCUGCGCUUUACUGUAAUGGCUGACUGUACUCGCAUAGGAAACAAGGCAAAGCCACAGAGCCAUAGACAGGCGCAGUUCGCUUCAACUUUUUCAAAUCGUGUUUUCUACACCACCGGUGCUCAAAACGCGCGUUUUCGAGGCGGAAAAUAAAAAGUCCAUCUUUCGUUGUUCCAUCGCGGGUAUUUUCCAAAUUUUCGGUGAGUGAGAAGGAUGUUAAAAUUAGAGUUGAAGUGCGGUAGGUAAUGCGGUCGCUCGGCUCCCCCUAUUGCAAAGCAGUGUAAUGGCUGAGCGCUGACACAAAGAGAAGGAGCCAUAUUCUCAGUGUUAGUGCAUGAAGACAAGCGGCCAUUGCGAUCCCACUGCAAACUCCGCACAGUACAGACCCAAUGUAUUACCAUACAACGGGCGAAUGCACUGGGCUUUUUGCGAAGGAAACAAUUUUCGGUCAGGAAAAUCGACCCGUGCCGUUUGUUUGUCGUGUCCAAAAGCGAGCAGGAAGGCGGGUGGAGACAUUUUAGGGGGACUUUCUUUCAUGAAGAAGGCUUUCUCACAAAAUGGAAGAAGAAAUAUUGCCGUCGUUGUUGACCUCCUUUCCUUCAGAGAGACAAGAGUGUGCGCCAUUGCUAUUUGAACGGAUAUCUAAGCAACAAUGGGGAAGGAUCCAACAAAACCAAGAGGCAAAAUGUCCUCUUAUGCAUACUUUGUCCAGACCUGCAGAGAGGAGCAUAAGAAGAAACACCCCGAGGCAUCGGUCAACUUCUCUGAGUUUUCCAAAAAGUGCUCAGAGCGAUGGAAGACUAUGUCAGCCAAGGAAAAAGGGAAGUUUGAAGAUAUGGCCAAACUCGACAAGGCGCGUUACGAGAGGGAGAUGAAGAACUACAUUCCACCCAAAGGCGAGAAGAAGAAGAGGUUUAAGGACCCCAAUGCUCCCAAGAGACCCCCGUCUGCAUUCUUUAUAUUCUGUGCGGAUUUCCGACCCAAGGUGAAAGAAGAGACCCCGGGUCUGACUAUCGGAGAUGUAGCCAAGAAACUGGGUGAGAAGUGGAACAAAAUAUCAGCUGAGGAGAAGCAGCCAUAUGAGAAGAAGGCAGCCAAGCUGAAGGAGAAGUAUGAGAAGGACAUUGCUGCCUAUCGCUCUAAAGGCAAAGUGGGAAGUGGUGCAGCCAAAGCCCCUUCCAAGCCAGACAAGGCUAAUGAUGACGAUGAUGACGACGAUGAUGAUGAUGAUGAGGAGGAAGAGGAUGAUGAUGAUGAUGACGAGUAGAUAAAUAACAUUUCAAGCUUAUCUUGUUGUUUGUAAAGCAUUUAACCCCCAUGUACACUUUAUUGAGGCCAUAAAAUGGGUAAAUGAAAUUUAAAAAAAUUAAAAGUAAAAAAAAAAUAUUAAAGAAUUAAGGCUGUGUAUAUGAUAUGUUUUUAAGCUGUACAGUUUUUUUUUUCUUUUUUUUUUCUUCCUUUUUUGUAUAGUUAACACUAAAGAAGUGUCCUCUGUGUUUGUUCAAAUGCCCCAACCCUUAAUUUAGUUUCUUAGUUCAAUUUCUUAAACAACGUUCACACACCACUAUCCUUACCUGGUACAAUAAAAAAAAAAAGGGCGGGGGGUUGUAAAAUUGUCUUUCGAUCAGUUGAGUUUUAGAUGUGCCCCGCACACAACCUAGUUUCAUGUGUGGAUGUAAUUCAUAUCUUAAUUUACUUCUUUUGUUAUUUACUUUUUUUUUUUUUUUUCCAGAUCAAAUAUUAUCAUUAGUAAAUCACAGUAUCAAUGUUAUUUUACUGUAUUUUGAAUACCACUGUAAUUGCAAAAAAAAAAAAAAACAUGUUUUGUUGACAUUCUGGUAUAUGCUUCUGACAUCAAUAAACUUUCUCUUUUUUUUUUAUAAAGAUGUCACUUUUUUCCCGUCAUGGGAUGGGACUCCACCUACAUGUGGAAAUGCAUAACAGGCACCUAGGACUGAUUGUAUCAGGUGCCUAACUUGAAGCAGAAAUUUUAAAGGUUAACUGAAAUAAAUUUGAAAGAACUA